AAGAUUUAAAAAAAACAUCAUCCCACAACAGACAACUUAGUUUAGCAUUCAACACGUGUCGCGAGGAAGUGAUGAGGAGAGAGAGAGAGAUGGAGGGAGGGAGGAAGAGAGAGAGAGAGAGAGAGAGAGGGAGGUAGAGAGACGUUGCUAGGUGACGGAGCGUACAUACUGAAUUUUAACAAAAUAACGGGAGAGGAGAGAGUGAGUGAGAGGGACAGAGAGGUAGCAGUCAGCAACAUGUAGCCUCGCCGAGUGGAGGAAAGGUCGAAACUGUGAGUGCGCGUGAUUCUCUGCUUUUUUUGAGAGAGGGGGGGUUGAUAUGUUUUCGCUUCAUCCCGAGGACAUUACCCCGCAACAUUAGAAUCGAUCAGGCUCUAUGCCGCAGGAAAUGUCCAGCGGAGGGAUGGACGGAUGGAUUGUGGUGCAUGGAGAGAAGACGCGGAGAGCAAAAAGAGAAGAAGAAGAAGAGUGUCGGGCUCCUGAAAACACUUCUCCACUCCUCAUCAGGUGAAGCACUGUGAGCCACCGACUCUCCCCCCACCUCUCCUCCCUCCCUCCUCCCCUCACAGACAUCACCCACUGUCCCCAAAUCCCUAAACCCCACCUGGCCUUACCUGUCAAACCCCAUCGGGCAGCUGCCACUGGCCCUCUUUUUACCCCAUGGUGGCCCCAAGGCCCGCCCUCUCACUGCUAUUGGCUGUCCUGGCCUGCACGGGGCCCGCACGCCCCUCGCCCCCCCUGCUGCUCCGGCCCCGGGAGAGAGAGAGGGACUCGGGUGGUGUCAACAUCGCCGUGGUCCACUCGGGCUCCUCCCUGCUCCCGGAGACGGCGGUGGUGGGAGGUGCGGGGGUCGGUGAGCCGGGGCCGGGGCUGGGGCCUGGUCUGGGAAACGGUCCAGGAGGAGGUGGUGGAGGAGGAGGAGGAGGAGGAGGAGGAGGAGGUGGAGGAGGAGGAGGAAGGGGAGUAACAGAUACAGCUUCGUUGGCAGGAGCGGCUGCAAUGGCCUCAUUUUCCUCCUCCUCGUCAUCCCUGUCGCUGGCGGCGCUCGUGGGGGAGACGGUGAUGACACCGUCAGGUCAGGCCAACGUCAUCUACCUGGCUGUGAAUGAGAGCAGCCCGGGCAGCCUGCUGCUGCAGCUGUGUGAGCUGCUGGCCACCACACCACUGCAGGGUUUGGUGUUUGAGGAGGAGAGACCGCCCCCGCCGAACCGCGCCCCUCUUGCCCCCAUGCUUGAGUUUGUCUCCGCCCAGACGGGGGUUCCUGUGGUUGCCGUUGGGGGAGGAGCCAGCCUGGGACGAGAGCCACAGGAGAGCGGCUCCAUCUACCUCCAGUUCACCUGUUCCACCUCGCUCCAGCUCGAGGUCAUCUUUGAAGUGCUUGAAGAGUACGACUGGACCGCAUUCUCUGUAGUGACCACCCGUCACCAUGGCUACGAGGACUUCCUGGCCAUGGUGGAGGGAAUGACGGAUGGUUCGUUCAUUGGUUGGGAGAAGAAGAGUGAGGUGAUUCUUAAUGUGACAGACGACCCCGGUGGGGCGCGAACCAAACGGCUGCUUAAAGACAAUGAAGCUCAGGUCCGUCUGCUUUACUGCUCCCUGGAGGAGGCUGAGCUGGUUUUCCGGGCAGCCUGGGCAGCGGGUCAGGCCGGGCCCAGUCACAUGUGGUUUGCUGUGGGACCAGCUCUGUCCGGUUUGGGCCUGGAGGGGUUGCCCAAGGCUUUGUUUGCCAUUCGGCCGCAGGGCUGGAGAGAUGAGCCACGCAGGCGUAUUGCCAAGGGCGUCUCUGUGCUCACCCACGGGGCGAUGGCUCUGCGGAGGGACCAGGGGGCCACCAGCCGGUCGCAGUAUGCAGGCAACUGCCAGAGUGACGGUAACCAGACCCAUCGAGUGCCAGACAGGAUCAGGUACUUCACCAACAUAUCUAUCGGUGGGCGGGAUUAUUCCUUCAACAGUGAUGGCUAUCUGUCCAACCCGCUGCUUGAUGUCAUCUCUUACACCAAUGGGAGAGGCUGGGAGGAGGUUGGCUGGUGGGAGAAUGGACACCUGCGUCUACGUUACCAUCCGUGGUCUCGUUACGGCUCUUUCCUGAAGCCUCUGGAUGACUCCCAACACCUCAGAGUGGUCACCCUGGAGGAGAGGCCCUUUGUCAUUGUGGAGCCUGCUGACCCGGGCACCAGCUCCUGCAUCCGGGAUUCUGUGCCCUGUCGCAUGCCUGUAAACUCCAGUUUGGUGGUGGAUGGCGCCGGGCCCAUGAAACACUGCUGCAAAGGGUUCUGCAUCGACGUCCUUAAGCGUCUGGCCAAGAUCGUGGGCUUCACCUAUGACCUUUACCUGGUGACAAACGGCCGGCACGGGAAGAACAUUGAUGGGGAGUGGAAUGGCAUGGUUGGAGAGGUGGUAUCCAACAGGGCUGACAUGGCCAUUGGCUCUCUCACCAUUAAUGAAGAGAGGUCAGAGGUCGUGGAGUUUUCCGUACCGUUUGUGGAGACCGGGAUCAGCGUCAUGGUUUCUCGCAGCAAUGGCACCGUGUCACCUUCUGCUUUCCUUGAACCCUACAGCCCAGCGGUGUGGGUGAUGAUGUUUGUGAUGUGCCUGUCGGUGGUGGCUGUCACCGUCUUCAUCUUUGAGUUCUUCAGCCCCGUGGGAUACAACCGCAGCCUGCAGAGCGCCAAGAAGUCAGGUGGAUCUAAGUUCACUAUUGGCAAGUCGGUCUGGCUGUUGUGGGCAUUGGUCUUCAACAACUCUGUGCCUGUGGAGAAUCCCAGAGGAACAACCAGCAAGAUCAUGGUGCUGGUGUGGGCUUUCUUUGCUGUCAUCUUCCUGGCCUCCUACACUGCCAACCUGGCUGCCUUCAUGAUCCAGGAGGAGUACAUCGACACGGUGUCAGGGCUGUCAGAUAAGAAGUUCCAGCAGCCAACGGAGCAGUACCCACCGCUGCGAUUCGGCACGGUGCCAAACGGCAGCACCGAGGAGAACAUCCGCUCCAACUACCCCAACAUGCAUCAGUAUAUGAUCCGCAACAACCAGAAGGGUGUGGAGGAAGCCAUUGACAACCUCAAGACUGGGAAACUGGAUGCCUUCAUUUAUGACGCUGCGGUGCUGAACUAUAUGGCCAGGAAGGACGAGGGCUGCAAGGUGAUGACCAUCGGCUCUGGUAAGGUGUUUGCUACCACAGGCUACGGCAUCGCCCUGCACAAGAACUCCCGCUGGAAACGGCCACUGGACCUGGCUCUGCUGCAGCUGGUUGGAGACGAUGAGAUUGACAUGUUGGAGCGUCUCUGGCUGUCGGGUAUCUGCCACAAUGAUAAGAUCGAGGUGAUGAGCAGUAAACUGGACAUCGACAACAUGGCAGGGGUCUUCUACAUGCUGCUGGUGGCCAUGGGUCUCAGCCUCCUGGUGUUUGCCUGGGAGCAUCUGGUGUACUGGAAACUACGGCACUGUGUGAAGCGAUCUGGGGGGAUGGACUUCCUUCUGGCUCUCAGCAGGGGGAUGUACAGUUGCUGCCAGUUUGAAGAUGAGACAGCACCAGGAGGCAGCAAAAGCUCUUUGCCCCAGUAUCACACCGUGACCACCAUGCCUACAGCACCCCAACAACACCUUGUUACAGCCACAGUAAACAACACGACUGCCAUUGCCAUGGUGCAGCAGCAACAGCAGCAGAAGCACCACCAACAGCAGCAACAGGGCCAGACUUAUACCACCAUGCUACCCGGAUCACCGCCAACUACAGGACACUCAGCGAUGGCUCUAGGUCCCUCAAAUAGCCCCUUACUGGAGGGCCCCAUGCCUUGCUCCACCUUCUUGCCUCGCCAUGACCGCAGACUUGCUGUAGUGGAUCGCUGGAACAGGCCAAAGCCAGAGAAAGUCAUGAGUGCAGGCAGUAGUGGAGGAGUGGGCAUUGGAGGGAUAGCAGGAGGGAUCACUGAACUCCAGGCCCAACAGCAGUAUCAGCAGAACCUUGGGCAGCAUUGGAGCCUGCAAGGUGGAGUUGCAGGUGGAGCAGGGGGAGGGGGUGACACAGGGCUAGAUGAAUAUAAGCGCUACUAUGGUCCUAUAGAUCCAGAGGGGCUAGGAACUAACUCAGACCAACAGGCAGGGGGCUCCCAGCAGACUCCCAAAGCUAAUCCUCGAGGCCUCAAAGCCUCAGGGAUGCCACGGCUGCCUCCCAAAGGCCCCCAACAAGGCCCAGGGCACUUAAUCUCCAAACCUCCUCCACCAAUCCCAUCUUCUCCACGAAGGCCUCCCUUCUGGCGACGAGGAAGCCUAGCUCAGGCCAGGAGAAAAGGCUCAGGAGGUCCUCUGUAUGAGAAUAUACUCCCUCUGGGGAGGCGAGGAGGUGGGAGGUAUGGAGCAAGCGAUGGAGUUGGAAGAAGAGGGCGACGUCCUCCUCCACCUCCUCCUCUGCCUGUCCCCCUUUCCUCCCCUACACACACUCCCACCACUCCUUCCUCCCCAUGCCGUUUCUACUCCACCUGCUCCAGUGCCUCGUCCUCCUCCUCUUCCUCCACAUCAUCCUCAUCCUCUUCUUCAUCCUCUGUCUCGCUCUCCCGGUCAAAUUCCUCUUCUUCUUGCUCUAGUGACAGCUCCUACAACUCCUCACUGAGUUUCCGGUACCGAGCAGGCGAUCGAGAAUUUAUGGUGGAUGACGAUUACGACUCUGAUCUACUCACAGAAGAGUCCAGCCUCCUCCUGGGAUCACGGAGGAAGAUUCGUUCACGUCGCAUGUCAUCGCGCUCACUGCCGUGCAGCCCUCCACCUCCACCAAUCCCUCCACGGAAACCACGUCCUCAGAGAGAUUACGGCAGAGAGAGGACAGGCAGCCAACUGGCCCAAUUACAAGAGUGGUGGUCAUCGUGGGGAGACAGGGAACGAGGGAGGGGAGGGACAACAAGCCGAGGAGAUGGAGGAGUGGGUAGAGAGGAGAAGAGACACCACAAAGAGAGGGAGCAUGAAAGGAAGAGGAGGAAGAAGGGCCGAAAGAAGAAGAAGAGGGAGGAGAGGGAAAGAGAGAGGGAGCGAAAGCGACGCAAAACAAAGAAGAAGAGGAAGAAAGAGGACAAGAUGAGAAAGAGAGAGCGGAAGAGGUCGGAGCAGGAAGGAGGAGAUCCUGAAAAAAGAGAAGAACUCAAAUCAGGGACACCAGACUACCCAUCAUACCCACCCCUGAGGCGAGAGUCCUUUCGGAAAAAGAGUGAAAGCUCCAUCAGAAGCUAUGGAUGGAACAUCCCAGGCGAAGAUGAGAGGAAGGAAAGAGAGGAGAAAGAGAGGGAUGAUGGUGAAGACAGCAGAGGAAAGGAAAAACACCACAGGCGAAGGAACAGCAAGCACUACCAUGGCUCCAGCAGUAAACCUACGACAUCGGUCAAAUUCUGGGGAGGGGGCAACCCAUCCUCUGACACCAUUCCAUCUGCCUUCCUGCCCUUGUUGCCUGUCUCUUCUAAGAGGAGGAAAAGCAAAAGUUCUGACAGGGAUGCUGUAGGAAUGGAAGGAGAGAGGAGGCCAUUGCUGGGACGGAACGGACGAGGUGAGAUGCACUCCAAGGAGGGGUUGUCCUUUCAUGAGUGGGAGUCCGAAGUAGAGGACGAGGAAGAAGACUCUGAGCAGGAGAGGAGGAAAGUAGAGCGGGGGAAGCGACGUGGAGGAGGAAGGACAAUGUCAGAUGAAGAGCGCGAACGUGAUAAAGUAGUUGGGAUAUAUUCCGAUGAUGAUGGUUCCUCUGGAGAGUUUGGAAAGUUCGAGAGGUACUGGGAGGAUCAUGAAGGCAGGGCAGUAGGAGGGAUUGGAGGGGGAGGUUGGUUUUUCAGCACCUACCCCUCUAGGGAUAAAGCCGGCAGCAUCAACAGCAGAGAUGACCUGUUCCUGGAGCGAGGAGAGAGGUGGGGGACAGCAGAGAGUGGGUGGGGGUCUAGUGGAGGUGGUGGUGGAGGAGGAGCAGAUGGAGGAGAGAGAGGGUGGGGAUCAGGAUCACACUGGCCCCCGCCUCCUCUCACACCACCACCUCCUCGGCGAUACUGGUCAGUGGACAAACUCCACAUACAGGAUGAGAAGAAGAGUAAACGCAAGUCAAAGGACAAGGGGAGGGGGCACGCAGCUUGUUCCUCCUGUCAUUCCCCCCGACACCAUCCGCACUCCCAUUCCUCCAAAUGGGCCCGCGUAACCUCGCGAAGCCAGGAAGAGCUGUACCACCACUGCCAGAGUUUUGGUGGUCCCCUGAAGCCCAAACAUGACUCCUCCUCCUCCUCCAAACCUGACCGCUCACAGAAUCCAUCUAAAACUGGCAGUCAGUCGAACCUCAGUAUUCAGCAGCGGACACAGAGAACAGACAGGGAUCGAGAGCGAGGAAGGCAACCAUCCCCACCCCAAAACCUCGUACCUAACUUACCACCCCCGCUCCCUGCCCUGCCAGCUCCUCCAUCCUCAUCUCACCCUAUCCACGCCCCCCCCCCUACCUCGUCCUCUUCUGUAUCCUCUCCCUCUGUGGUCUCAUCCACCCCAGGCGCACCCCAAUCCUCCUCCAUGGCUUCGGCAAGUGCCAAACUGCAGUACCAGAGAUUGCGCUCUGUACCCCAGCCCCAGAGGUUUCCUCAGUCUCCUCACUUACCCCUCAAAGCCAAGAGCCUUUGCUCGCGAAGGGGCUCAGCCCAUUUCUCCAGUGUGGAGAGCGAGGUCUGAAGUUCAACAAGGUAUCAAAAGUCAUAAGAGAGCCCUGCAAAGCUGACACUUAGCAGGUGAUCUGGAAUUGAAUCUGCCCAGCAGCAAACAUGGCUGCGCAGCCAAGUCAGUACAGUACACGCACUGAGCCCUUUCCAAAAGUUCUGCACAAACAAACCAACCAGAAAGCCAAACAAACCCAAUGGGGCAGGUCAAAGGAAAACAGGAGCAGUCUUGUGCUUACUGUCGUUUCCUCUCUUUCCUCUCAGUAUGUGAAAGACUACAACCACAACAACUUGUAUUCUGAACUGGUUUAACCAAUACACUAAAAGCAAAUCAGACAUUAAAGUGGUACAACCGAAGGAGAUCCCUUUGCUAUAGACAGUAAAGGGCUUUGGAUGUUGAAGCAGAGCAGUAGUUUGUAUUCAGAGGAUUCUUAAUGCUUACUGAGGGCUCAGAACUUUGUAGUACUGUAUGCCUGCCGCUCUCAGAAGCCUUUAACACAGAACAGUGUUCUUAUUUUUUUCCCUUAAACAAAUCGCUUACCCUUACUUUUCUUUUUCCUUAACAAGCUGUUUACACCCCCGCAGAACUGUGAGGCCCGCCCAAGGCACCUUUGUUGUGUAUGAUCAAUACCUUCUUGUCUAGAGGGAGAGGAGGGUGAUAACCACCUUGUCGUCUCUGUGUUAUCCAUACACCUUCUCUUUUUCUUUUCUCUUUUGUUCCUUCCUAUCCUUUCUCUCCCUUUUCUCUCCUCUUAACACUUAUUUUUUCCUCUUUUCUGUUUUUCAGUUUUUCCUUUUCCUACCUUAUUCAUGUGUCUAUCUCCUCCUCAUCUCUUGUCAGCUCCUCUCCUGUCCUCCCCUCUUGGCUCCUCUCCUUGAUGUGAUUAUUCUGUGUGUCUGUGCUUUUCUGUGUUUGUAUUCUUGACAACAGGGUAAGUCAACUGUGACUGAUAUUCUACUGGCUUAAUGAAAAGCUGAGUGCCAAACUUAAGUAGAGCUCGACAUCAAUCUGUACAACGUUAGCUGCUGUGUUUCCUUUUAUCUUGCAGAGUAUUCCAUCAUCUCCCAAAUAUACGCACAUGCAUAUACACACUCACAAACACCUAAAAGUGCACACAAAAACUGGCAUACAUGCACAUGUAAGGACACGCACACCUAACAAGUCAAUUCAUCUAUUCUCUUUCUUGAGCAAUACAUUAUUCACCUUCUAUCAUGUUACAGUUUUAUACUUUGACCUUUAUUUUACCUCUGUGUUGUAGUUGUUGUUGUUGUUAUUGAUGGUGUUAUAUAUAUCAAGACAUGUAUUAAGUCUAAUACAAUGUAAGCACUGUGCCAUACUACUCAAGCUUGGGUGCACAUGAAAAGUUCUCUCAACUACCUAACUACGACAAUGGAGGCAGUGUCUGUUCCCUCCCUGUAUUUGACUGAAUGUAAAGUCAGCCGCCAACAAGUGUGCUGCAACAACAAUUAAGACACUUGAAGAUGGAAACUGUAGCAUUUCUAAUGGUUAGCAUGUGUGACUAAGAAAUAAGAGCAGACUUGACUUCAGUUCAUUGUCGACGUAGUCUGAUGUAAACAACAGUACGCUAACCUUGCAGGGUGAGUCUGCAGUAGUCGCUUAAAUCUUCAAAGGGUCACAGUUUAAAAAUGAUUUAUUCUUUCUGUUUGUUUUCUCCUGAAAGAGGUCCAAGGCUAGAAUACAGCAAACAUUUACAAAACUAACCAACACAGGUUUGCUUUCCAUCAAGCAGGAGAUAUGUGUCUAACAUACUGGCUGGAGCUAUACAGUUUUGUUAGACAAGGUGACAGAUUGAUGCAGGGAAAUAAAUACUCACAGCCUUAUGCUAAUUGCUCCUGCCAUACGUUUUGUGUAAAGUAUGACCAUUAAGGUAUGUAUUUUAAUUAACAUGUCUGGGGUUAGCCUCAUGCUAUCAAGACAGUAUGAUAGGCAGGAAUGUGGUGCAAAAUUAGAUCUUGUGUGAUUGCCGUUUUGAUGUCAAAGAGACUGUGCCUACGGUGGAUGCUAGCUAGCAGAUGAGGCAGGUUUUGAGGAAGAAGUACUGGAUCUGUAUGAUGGUGUAUGAAAGACACAGUGGCACCUCCUCUGCAAUUUUGUUUUUUAAAAGGUAUUUCUCACCUUGUAAAUGUGUAACCAAGAGCUAUAGCUUUUUAAUCCAUGACCGAGCUGACACCAGCAGUUACACUCCGAUGUCAAGCACUUAGCUAGAGUCCAAGUAGCCAGUUAUUUCCACCAACAUUAGCAUCAGGACAUUGGGCGUCAGUGGAGUUUUAGUGAAGAGGCACGAGCCACCGGCACAACGCUGUUUGUGUUUUGCAGUCGGUCAUAAUGCCUGAGCCAUCUUUUCCAUAACAGUCUGGUCAGCUCAUGUUGUUUGCCUGGAACUGCAUCUGAGCCAUAAUUUACUUCAGCUGAAGAAAACAAAAGAGAACUUAAGUUUUUAACAUAAACUUGUUGUGUAGUUUGUCUUACUUUCUUUCAGAAAAAAAUCUAGAUAUAUAUAUCAUAUAUAUAUAUAUAUAUAUAUUUGUGGCGGUGGGUAGCGUUAGAGAAAAUCGUUGUUUAGAAUCUUGACAUUUGGGGAUAUUGUUUCUCAUUCCAAGUCCAUAUAAUAAUAUAAAUAUUAUGUGUGAUAAACACAAAUUGCCUCAUAUUCACUGGGAACAGGGAAAUUCUUUAGUUCAAAUUCUAGAUUCGUUUCUUCAAUAGACUGUAUUAAGCCAAGUUGGAGACCAUUCAGUGCUUUGCUUAUUACAAUCAACAAUCAACAGCUUUCAGUUUCGAUUACAUAGAAACCAGGAAAAGCAUGGAGAAAGUGUAACAUGUUUCUGUGCUUUCACACCACAAGCAACUCGAGUCUGUUGCCCCAAAUACAAACAAUCUCCACAGCCUGAGAAGAAUCCGCUUUUGUAGUCAAAACAUUUGGGCUCGUUUGCCUUGCUGAGUGUUGAACCUGUUUCUGAAACACUACAGCAUCAAUGAGCUAGCAUAAGGUAAUUGUGUAUUAGUGCAGCACAGCAGCUGCUAGCGGUGUGAACACAAAGCUUGGGUGUUUCUUCAGAGAAAUGAGCCACUGAUCUUUCCUACUCUCCCCUCGCCUCUUUUUCCUCAUGUCUAUCCAUUGUGUUGGUGCGUGUCUGCAAUUGUAAAGCUGGUCUGUUUUUAAAAAAGAAGAGUAUCUGUGGAUAUAUUUAUUUCAUCUAAAAAAAAUAGCAUAUCUAAAUAUAUAUAAUAGUAUAUUUCAAGACGCUAAGAUCUAUGUUAUAUAAGUUUGUCUACUAAAUUUAUGGUAUUAUCUCAAUGAAUAUGUCUUUUUUGUCUAUUUGUCUGUCUCUCCUUGUCUCAAACCUCCUGCCCAGCUCCCCACCCCCCAGCGAAAACAGAGACCAGUAUGUAACUGUGUUUUUGCUCACUUAAGACCAACCAUCCGCCUCCAUUAGCUAUCUACUGUAGCUAACGCUAAGAUUUCAACAAAGUGACAACGUGGAGGAGUGCGCGAGUGUCUUAUGACCGUGUCACUGUAGCAGUGGUGGCGUGUGUUUGUCUAUCCAGAGGGGCCUUUAUUUUUGGUUUGGGCUACAGAUUAAUGACUAAUUAAAUCUUUUAUGGAUACAGCAGCUUUUACCACAACUCUCACUUGUGUAGGGGUCACAUUCUCGACCCUGUUUUGGGUUCACAUCGGACCCUGGAGUUUAUACCGCAGUGUACAGUGAGGUGACCUCUUUGAAACACAAUGUAGCGAGCAGCACAGGCUUUUUUUUGCAUCUCUUAGUAGCUGUAUUACUAUAAAAACAUGCACAGCUGCCCCUGCCAACCAACCUAUAUGGUAUAUAUAAGAACUUUGAUAUACGUACAUAGUGUGUUGUAUCUGCCAAGCUGCUGUGCUGUAAAACAAAAGAGAAAAAAAGAAUUAUACACAACAAACACACUGUUUCUUUCUUAAUUUUACAAAACUGGUAAAGCUAAUAUGACUCAUGUCAGGGGCAGGGCUCAGUCUGCUCGCUAGUGUGGUUUCCACUAAGGCCAAAAAUGGCCGAACCGGGGCUUUCCUUUGAUACAUCUUCAGACAACAAAAACAGUCAGUAUCCCCACUUUUUGUCAGCCGGGAAGGAUUCCUAAAUGGUCAACUAUAAGAACAUGGAAACAUCACUGCCUGAGAGAGGACAUCCUCCCCCCCCGGGCAACAUGCACUUUUAAGUGCUUAUAAUACAUUUAUUUAAGUCAAUAUAGUCAAAGUUAAAUUAAUUUUCAACACUGCAUUUAGAAAUAUCUGAAGCACUUACUGGCCCUGAGCCCUGGAGAGCCCAGUUUUAGCCUGCAGUGGAAACACAUCCACAGUUUCUGCCUGUACACCUCUGAACAAUGUCUCAAGGCCUUGUAUUAAUACUGCUGUACUGAUUGACUGUACGGGAUGAUGGCUAGUUGUGCUACACUGUAUUGUCAGCACCUCACACACACACACGUACACACAAAUGCACACACUUUCAGAUUCACAAGAGCGCACACACACACACACACACACACACACAAAGAUGAGGGUGGUAGGAUGCUGCCACCACUCUGUUUUAGCCACAUCCACCACCAGUGAGGACAAUGACAAUACUGUGCUGUACUGCGAGCAGGACAGAAUUAAAAAGAUGAUUUUAAUAAAGAACUGAAACAAAUGUCUGAGUUUUCAUUUUUACUUUUCUUUUUCCCAAGGUCAUUUAAGGGAAACAGACA